GCCAUAAUUUCCAUAAUAAUUUCAUUGCGUUUGCCAUUGAGAUAUACUAAUCAAUAACUCUCCAUGCAAUGGAGUCCAAACCCCACUCCCCAGUUGGAGGCCGCCGCACUACCCACACUGUGGUCAUAAUUAUACACGUCGUCUGUCGUCGGCGUCGUUGUUUUUGUUUGUAGUGAAAGUCGUUGCCGGGGCUCUCAUAAAGCCGUCAAACAUGGCAGGACACGGGGACCUCUCUGCACGGAAACGAAAAAUCCAAUAAACUAAAUUCCGAAGCAGCACCAGCAGCUGAGUCCCCGUGCUUUAUUUUGGUCAACCUUGGCUGCGAGAUGCUCUAUGUGAUUGAUCAGCGGCUGAAGGCGCAACAAAUCGCCAAGGACAAGUCGGUUCAAGUUAUCCACGAUGUGACUGCAGUACUGCUGGAUCCCAAGUUCAUCGACUCCCUACUGAACGGCUCCAAGCACAACAAUGCCCAGCUCCUGACAGUCGAGCACUGCAAAUUCAUGCUGAACGAUAUAGCCACCUGCUCCGUGAUGCGCAUCGAUGAGCAGUCCAUGGGCAAACUGUGGAACCUGAUGACCAUGCUAUACAAAUGGCAGCUGUUUGUUUCCCGGCACCAACACCAUUUGCUCGAGAUAACCUUCCGACACCUGGAGGCCAUCAACAAGAUGUAUCCGGACUCCAAGCGCCACAUGCUGAUUGACUUUACCAAGAACACUCUGCUGGACUUUUGGAACGCCAGUGGGGAGGAGGCGCAGCUGUCCAUUUACAGUACCAACAAGGCCUGGUUGGAGUGCUUCAAUAUGAAAAUAUCGCUGCUGAUUCGGCUAGGUUUCCAGGCCAUGGACGGCAGCUUUUUAAAGGACGUAGAUCAGGAGUACUUCGGCGACAAUGUUCAGACCAUUGGUGACAACAUGUACGUGAAGAGUGAGGAGGCGCAUCAGCAGAGCGCGCGAGAGCCCAACAGCAUGGACCAACUGGCUGCCCAGCUGAACAUCAGUCCACUGCCUGCAGGCGAGGACCUGCAGCCGAUAAAUGCCCGCCAGUUCCAGGAGCAGUUUGAGCAGGCGUUUGGCAAUGUUCUGUUCGAUGAGGGCCAUUCCUCCACCUCAACAGGUUGCGAGUUUGUGCAGCUCCAGACAGCUGCUAGGGCAAACACGGAAGCCCCCCACAGCAGGAGGGAGUCCAUACUCAAUCAGAAUCUCAUCGACUUGUACAGCAAGAUGGCUUAGAAAUUAAGGAGAUAUUUACAAUUAAAAACGAGGGGGAACGUUGUGAGUU